UGUAAACAUCCAGUGGAAAUAGGAAUUAAAUGCCAGAGUCAUUGUUGUCAUUAUUGUAGCUGACAGACACAAGUAUUAAAUGCAAUGGAUUUCGUUCCUGUCUUCGUUUGUUGGAGUCCACACGACUGACUGACAGACAGACAACAAUGAAUGCGUCUCGAUCUGUGGGCACCGCUCGCUCAGCAGGAAACGGACCUUAAAGACAACGUAAGCAGAUAGUUAAUACACUGUUGGAUACCUAGCGAAAUCAGCACCGUGUUGUUGUGAAGAAUUCGGGCGCACACGCACAGUGAGACAAACGAAAAUGUUUGCAAAGCUGAAAAAGAAGAUCGCAGAAGAAGCUGCCACUGCUCCUCGCACAGGCAGAAUACCACGCUCCAUGAGCAAGGAAUCCAUCACAUCCGUGGGAGCCGACUCUGGUGAUGAUUUUGCCUCCGACGGCAGCAGCUCCAGAGAUGACCUCUCGUCCCAGAUUCUGCGAAGAAACGAUCAGAUUCGCAAGCUGGAGGCCAAGCUCUCAGACUACGCAGAGCAGCUUCGGAUAAUGCAGCGGACCAAGGACAAGCUUGAGCUUGCAUUAGAGAAGCACCAGGAUUCAUCCAUGAGGAAACUACAGGAACAGAAUGAAGUUUAUCAGGCCAACAGAGCCAAAAUGGCUGAAGGCAUGGCUUUAGCAUUGGAGAAAAAAGAUCAAGAAUGGAUGGAGAAGAUGGGAGCAUUGGAACAGGAGAAGGCAGCUCUGGCAGCACGGUUGGAGGAUAUGACGGAACAGAGCCUAAGCCUGUUUCAGAAGAGAGAUGACCUGGACGAGCUGGAGGGCUUCCAGCAGCAGGAGCUUGCCAAAGUCAAACACAUGCUCCUGAGACGGGAGGAGCAGCUGAGUCAGCGAGAGAAGGAGCUCAAACAGAAGGCGGAGGAGCUCCAGAGAGCCAGGCAGGAGUCGGCCCAGGGCAAGGACAAGCUCUCUGAGCUGGAGGAGGAGCACGAGGAAACCUGCAGGCUCAACGCCCAGCUACAGGCCGAGAGAGAUGAACUGGUUAGUGUGAGAGAGGAGUCAGAGAAAAGGAUCUGUGAGAUGGAGAGGAAAGAAAAAGAACUGCAAGAGCUCAUCCUGCAGGUGUCUGAGGACUUCCAGAAGGCACAGAGCUCUGCGUUAAGUUUGGAGAAGUCUCUGGAAUCACUACAGGCCCAGCAUGAAGAACUCAAACUGCAGCACGAGCAGUUUAAGAGCAAGGCUGCAGUGACAGAGGAGGAGAGGGAGCGUCUCCUGGCCGACCUCCAGGAGAAAGCCACCUCCCUGGAGAGACGUCUGCAAAGCGACCUGUCUCAGGACGAGCACCUCCAGGAACUGCUGAAGGAGAAGUCCUCUUUGGAACAGAGAUUAGAAGAGGUACGGGGAGAGCUUCUUGAAGAACGGACCAAUCACAGCACCACGACAAACUCACUGGAGGCUCAGAUCUCCAAACUCAACACUAACGUCGCUGAACUUCAAACGCUGCUGAGACACAAAGACGAAUCGUCCAAAGCUUACAGAGAGAGGACCGACUCGCAGAUAACAGAGUUGGAGCAGAGGCUGGCUAACCUCAACGAGAAACUGAAGAGUUCAGAAGAGCAGCUAACAGAGAGUGAAGCACAAACAGAAAAACUGCAGGCAGAGUGGGGUGAGGAGAGGGAGCGGCUGCAGCAGCAGGUCGCCACACAGAGACAAAGAGGACUAGAGAAAACGGCUCAGCUAGAGGAACAGCUUUUAACUCUACAGGCACAGAGAGAGACAGAGAAGAAUUCUCAUCAGGACAGCAUUCGCUUGCUAGAAGAAGAGAAAUCUUCAUUACUUAAGAGUAAAGCAGAGAUUGAAAGCACUUUGGAGAAAGUGACGGAGGAGUUGCAGCAGGCCAAAACGGAGUUGACUAGCAGACAGACGGUGAGUGUGGAAAUUGCUAAAGCCCUUGAAGAAACCAGGAAACAAAGAGAAGAGCUUCAGCAGCAGGUUACUGAAAUCACAGGCAGUCUUCAGAAGGCUGAGCAGGAAGUGAGUCAACUUUCAGAACAGCUUGGCUUAAAAGACAAGGAGCUCCAAAGCCUAAGAGAAGAUUUGCAGGCAGAGCGAUCUAGUCUGUCGUCACUGCAGGCGGAGCUUGAGAACUUGCGUGCGGAGGCUGAGGAGAGAGAGAGAGAGAAAAAUGACCUCAGACAGGAGGUCAUCGCACAGACGCGACAACUCGACUCCUGUCAAUCACGGGUGUCAGACCUGGAGGUCGAGGUGGAAAGCCUGACGGGACAGCUGAACGGUACGGACACGUGUGACGGUGAGCAGAACGGGACGGUAACUGUGGGAGAUCUGGACCACCUCCAGAAGGUCAACAAGGACCUGGAACAGCAGCUGAGUGAAAAGAACAAGACGAUAAAACAGUUACAGCAGAGACUGGCAGAGCUGAAGAGAACCUUACAGAAAGAACUGAAACUAAAACCAGAGCUGGAGUCGGAGGGGAAGGAGAAACCUCAGGACGGAAGAGGAGACAGGCACGACAGACAGAACGACCGGCCCGGCACCGAGGCGUCGGCCCCUGUUCCAGCUCCGGCUCCCGCCCCAAGCGUCGCGCAAAGCUCCAACCAAGGCCCCAUAUCCUCCAACACCACCGUCACCAACAGCUCUGACCUCACGGACACACGCGAGAUCAACUUCGAGUACCUGAAACACGUCGUGCUCAAAUUUAUGUCGUCCAGAGAGGCCGAGGCGUACCAACUGAUUCGAGCGGUGUCGGUAUUACUGCAUUUCACACGCGAGGAAGAGGACAUGUUGAAACAAACCCUGGAGUACAAGAUGUCAUGGUUCGGAUCCAAACCAUCUCCCAAAGGCAUCAUCCGCCCCUCCAUCUCAGGAACUACAACCCAGUGGAGUUGAGGGAGAAGGAGAGACAAGAGGAGAAAAGAGGAGGAACAUAUUGAAACACACAUGGUCCGUGAGGGGAGAGACACAGAAGGGAAACACUAACUGGUUUCUGAAAGAAGACGCAUCGGCGGCUUUAAAACCAUCCGUUCAUUCGGCCAUUCCCACGUAGCCCGACGCGUUUGCACAAGAAUCGAUGAAACCCUGCUUUUUUUUUUUUUUCUUCUCUUUUCUUUUUUUGCGUUUUAAAAAUGAUGGAGGGAUAGGGGAAUUCACGUUUGGUGGAUAGAAACUGAAGAUCCAUGUUUUUGCACUCUCUAAAAACUGGAAGAAUGAAUUUUAACACUCUGGGAAUGAUUGCCUCACGUUAUCAUGUCUCACACACACACACACACACACACACACACACAGUAAGAAUUUAGAUGUUUCACCAAAAAAACUUUUCUACGGUUUUCUGAAACAUUUGGACUCCUUAGCGGUGAACGUGUGUGUGUGUGUGUGUGUGUGUGUCACUGUUAAGCAGAGAAGGUUUCUCCCAGAAUUCUUCUCCACUAUCUGCUGUCUGAAUGUGUGUGUGUUUGUGUGUGUGUGUGUGUGUGUGUGUGUGAGUGAGAGAGAGAGAGAGAAAAUAAAAGUCGGUGACUGUCAAUGGACUGCCUCUCGAUUUUACGUUUCCUACAUAAUAAUCCCACUGCGUUCUGAAACAGAAGGGUUUUAUUUCCUGUCCCCAUAGCAGAUCCCACUGUUCUUCAAGUUGAAGAAGGAAAAUUCUGGAA